AUGGAAGAGGGGGAAACCACUCCCCUCGCUGAAGAUGCGGUGAAAGAGACUGAUAAACCGGAAAGCAGGAGCCACGUUUCUCUCUCCUCCCCUCUGCAGUGGAUCAAGAUGCUUGCCGAGGAGAUGCACUGGAGCUCCGUGAUGGGAGUAGUUUUAGUGUAUGGAAUAAGCCAGGGGGUCGGUGGGGGUCUCGGCCGAGUUGCGAUUGACUACUACUGGAAAGAUGUUCAGAAGGUUCAGCCAUCCGAAUCACAGGUAUACCAGGGGAUCACCUCCAUCCCUUGGAUGGUGAAACCUCUGUGGGGUCUUCUCACUGACCUGGUUCCUAUCGGAGGAUACAGACGGCGACCAUAUUUCAUGCUGGCAGGUUAGUAAUGCCAGGAUUUAUUUUCGUGAUGUCUACGAUUCUAGGAGAUGCACUUCCAGUGAUGUCAGACUUUUUAAAAUUGUUAUGUCACAUGUAAUAUGAUUAAUUGAUCUUAUGUAGCAUCAACUUUGGCCCUCUUCGUUUUUUAUUAUUUUAUAUCAAACAUUCUUGAUUAGAAUCUACGAAUUUCAUCCUUCUUCCCUAUGAAUGGGAUGGGAAUCUAAAUAUGCAGAUCUCGCUCCAGGUUCAUGAGUUCGUGGCUGUUCUGAAUGAAAUGAAUCUUGAGAAACGUUUUCCCAAAGAAUCCACCGCUUUGGUGAAAUUCGGAUCCAGUAGUGACAAUUUUUUUUAAUCUUUCAUUACAGUUUCUAUAAAGAAAAGUGCUUCUUUCAUUCGCAUGCAUGCAAUGACAUUUUUUUAAAAUAAAUUAGAAUCAUGGGUUUCCAGGCGUACCCAUAUUGUAUGUGAACAAAUUUUGCUUGGUCCCAGGGAGGAACCCAGAUCGACACGUAUUUUUCAGCUCUGAGAUCCAUGCUUGAAUUGCCAAUCAUAUGUAAAUGGCGAUCUGAUUAUUUCAUCAGCAUGUUCUCAAGGCCCAGUUGUUCGUCUUAAUGCCAUUGCACUUUAUUUAUUUAUUUGGUUAGUUAUCUAUUCAUUUUGGAUGGUGUGUUGCUGAUUCCAGGGCUCUUGGGGAUAAUCCCGAUGCUUAUUCUGUCUCUCCACAAGGGUUUACCUGUUUUCCUAGCCUUGCUGGCGCUGACUGCCGGUAGCGGGGGGGUGGCCAUUGCCGAUGUGACCAUUGAUGCUGUCGUCGCCCAGAACAGCAUUACCCACCCAUCGCUCGCCUCCGACAUGCAAAGUCUCUGCGGCUUGAGCUCGUCCAUCGGAAGGCUUCUUGGGUUCUUCGUGAGCGGUCAGCUCAUCCACUGGAUUGGCUCUCAGGUGAGCUUUUAAGAAAUACCCGCAAUAAAACAAAAAUCUAUUAUAAAUGAAAGUGCUUCCUGGCCGGAUCUCUCGAUGGAUAAUCCCCCCUCCUUUGAAACUACCGAUUACUGACCCUGCCCAAGUUCUAAUGAAGGGGGAUUUUGUUGAGAGCACCUUCGUUGACUUCAAUCGCAGCCUAAUGUCCUUCUCACCGGUGGCUGAUCGUAGGGGGUGCUCGGCCUGCUCAGUCUCCCAGCUGCAUUCGUGUUCUUGGUCGGAACAGUGCUGAAGGAGCCCCCGACGCCUAGUCUUGCUUGCAAGGAGGUGAGGACAUUGCUCCAUCUCGAGUUCAUGCUCCUCCUAUCAAAAAAACCCUGCACCUGGAUUGAAUGAAAGCCUUGUUAAUUUACGGUGAGAUCAGGUCUCCUACCUAUUCCUCGAGGCGGGUAAGAAAAUGGUGAAGACGCUGAGAUGCCCCAGCGUCUGGAGGCCCUGCAUCUACAUGUACUUGUCGCUGGCAUUGAGCGUGGCGAUCCACGAAGGGAUGUUCUACUGGUACACAGACGCCAAAGAGGGCCCAAAGUUCUCUCAGGUAUCCUCGAGAUCCAACUCUUUUUACGGCUAUUUCAGAAGCUGCUGCUGCGCCAGCCCCUGAAGAAAGAGCUUCCUCGUCUCCCUCUCUGAGCAGGAGACUGUUGGGCUCAUACAUGCCAUCGGCUCGGUGGGGUCCCUCCUCGGCGUGCUCCUCUAUCAGAGCGUCCUCAAGGAUUACUCCUUCCGGUCCCUGCUCUUCUGGUCUCAGCUGCUCUACGGCUUCUCCGGGUUCCUCGAUCUGGCCCUGGUGAUGCGCCUGAACCUGAAAGUCGGCGUUCCAGACAUUUUCUUCAUCGUCGUCGAUGAGAGCGUCUCCCAGAUGAUCGGCCGCAUCAAGUGGAUGCCCCUUCUCGUGCUCAGCUCCAAGCUCUGCCCACCCGGCAUAGAGGGCACCUUCUUCGCCCUCCUCAUGUCCAUCGACAACAUCGGCCUGCUCUCCUCGUCGUGGGGCGGCGGCCUGCUCCUGCACCUGCUCAAAGUCACCCGCACCGAGUUCGGCAACCUCGGCGCCGCCAUCCUCAUCCGCAACUUGAUGAGGAUCCUGCCUCUGGCUUUCCUAUAUCUGGUCCCCAACACCAAUCAGAAUUCCACCCUCCUCCCUUCAGACAUCCUCAAGGAAGAUGAUUCCGCAGAAGGCCGCGGCGGUGACGAUCAGGUGGAGCUGGUCUCGCUCGUCAAUCAUCCCGGGGGGAGCUGA